UACAUUUGUUUAGCUGUAAAAUUAUAGAAAUGGUAAUAUAGUAAUAUAAUAAUCAAGAUCACCCGGGAAAUUGCCGCUACAUACUUGGACAAUCCGCCCUAGCUGCUUUGUUUGCCAGAAGAGAGAGAAACAAAACAAAUUAUACAUAUAGAGAGAGAAAAUCUCUCCAUGGGUUUUUGUAUCUAUAUCUCAUUAAUAUUCUUGUAGCCAAAAACCCCAUUUUUAUUUAUUAUCAUUUUUUCGGUUUCAUUUCACUGGCCCAUUAUUAAUAAAUACAAGAUUCUUUAAAGAAAGUGAUAAAGUUGGGAACUUUUGAUUCUGGGAGGCCUUUUGUGAUCAUGGGUGUUGUUGAUUGAUUCAAACAAGGAUAAAGUUCUGAUCUUUGGGUUUGUGUUUGUGUUUUGGGGAGUUUUGUUGUUUGAGUUGAGAGGUAUGGAGCAAGAAACAGGCAAAAGCAAGAGGCUUUAUCAGGUUUGGAGUGGGAGUAAUAAAUUCUUCUGUGGGGGGAGAUUGAUCUUUGGCCCAGACGUGGGCUCUUUGUUUUUCACAGUACUACUAAUUGCAGUGCCUGCACUAGUAUUUUGUGUAAAAGUUUAUGUUGAUAAAGUCAGACACCAUGCUAAUCAUUGGUACCCUAUCCUCAUUAUUGGAGCUGGUCUCACCGUGCUGGAUAUGAUAUUUCUCUUCAUAACAUCUAGCAGAGAUCCUGGAAUAGUUCCAAGGAGCUCUAAUCCUCCUGAGUCGGAUGAUAAUUAUGAUACGAUGAAUACACCUUCUAUGGAGUGGGUCAACGGUAGAACACCUCACCUUAAACUACCUCGAACAAAGGAUGUACUUGUGAAUGGGCAUGCAAUUAAAGUUAAAUACUGUGAUACAUGCAUGCUAUAUCGACCUCCCCGUGCUUCUCAUUGCUCAAUUUGCAACAACUGUGUACAGAGAUUCGAUCAUCACUGUCCAUGGGUUGGUCAGUGCAUUGGGAUACGUAACUAUCGGUUCUUCUACUUGUUCACAUCAACGUCAACCAUCUUGUGCAUAUUUGUAUUUACCUGUUCAUGGGUACGGCUCUAUGAGCAGCACCAUGGAAGGCUCUUAAAGUCAAUUGCAAAUGAUAUAAUAUCAGAUAUCCUCAUAGUGUACUGCUUUGUCGCUGUUUGGUUUGUUGGUGGCCUCACAAUUUUUCAUUUCUAUCUGAUUUGCACGAAUCAGACUACGUAUGAGAACUUUCGAUACAAGUAUGACAAAAAAGAAAAUCCAUAUCACCAAGGAAUGAUACAAAACCUAAAUGAAGUCUUUGUUCAUAAGAUCCCAGCUUCACUUAACGAUUUCCGAGCAUUCGUUGUGGAAGAUGAGCAUAUGAUGAUGGAACCCUCUACUCCAAAUCUUGUGAGAAGUUUGACUACCUCCAAGGAAAAAAUCGACAUUGAAAGCGGCAAGUUCACUGAAGACAAUGGCUUUUCACUUCCUGAAAUUCUGCAAAAUUUGGAUUAUGAUGAACUAGAGGAUGACUUGAAGAGGAAGGAGUCUGUUGAAAAAAAUUAUUCCGACCCAUAUUACCUACCUGCUGAAAUCAGAAAUUAUAUGCAAAAAACUGUUGGAGAUGGUAAUGAUGAAGAGGAGAAAUCUGAUGAGUUUACUAGAUCUUUUAAAUCUACCAGAUCACUUCCAGAAGUCUAGAGAAAUUGCUAAGCUGAACAAGCCAUUGAUCUCUCUCCGAACCUGCAUGCAUGCUUACCAUGUAAACCUUUAUAACUAGUUAGAAAAUAUUACAAUUAGUAAAAAGUGGAAAGGCUAAACAUUCUGUACCUCUGUUACAUAAUUGAUAAUUUUCAGAUGAAUACAUGUAUUCAUGCCUUGAAUUCAGAAGCACAACUCAUUUGUCUACAUGCUCAUGAGAAAGCAUUGCCUCAUCAACAUGAAAAUUAACCUCGGGAAGGGCCGUUCAAUUGCUUUUGCUGUAAAAGAAUUUAAUACCUUAUCUUCAUGGUAUUGAAGUCAAGCUAGAUUGAAGAAUGAUAUCUGGCAGGGAGAAAAAUUCCAUUUCAUCCCUGCCCUUUUCUUGCAUAUUGUUGAUGUCCCUGCUAGUUCAAUAACUAUGCAGUUGACAGUAUUUACUU